CCAACCGGUAACCCCCAAUAAACCCUCCUCCCAGUCUACGCCGCCUCAGCCAUGGCCGCCGCCGGCCACCUCCGUCCGGGCUCCUACCUGGGGGACGUCUCCGCGCUCUCCUUCCUCCCCUCCUCGCCCCGCCCUCUCCUACUCGCCGGCACCGGGUCGGAGCUGCUUGUGUACGAGGUGGGCGCCGCCAGGCUCGUCGCUGCGUUCCAAGUGUUCGACGGAGUGCGCGUCCACGGCAUCGAGCGCCGGGGAGGAAGCCCCAAUUGCUCCAACUGCUCGCUCGCGGUGUUCGGUGAGAGGAGGGUUAAGCUAUUCUCCCUCGGGGUCGGUGUCAGUGCAGAUGGCGAUGGCAGUGAAGUGGGCGAGGUGCGGCUCGAGCUGGAGCAGAGGCUCCCGGGGUUCGAUCACUGGGUGCUCGACGCUCGUUUCCUGGAGGUCGAUCGGCUGCUUGCCAUUGGUCUGAGUGACAAUUCAGUUGCGCUGUGGGAUUUGAGCAAGCGCAUGUUGGUUACCCGAGUGAAAUCUCCAGAGAAGUGCCUUCUGUAUUCCAUGAGAAUGUGGGGAGACUCUGUCAGAGAACUUCUUGUGGCAUCCGGAACCAUUUUAAAUGAGAUUCUCAUAUGGAAAUUGGCACCGCAAAAUCUGGGACCCUCCUUGUUACGCUCGUGUGAAGGGGAUACUUCUGAUGUCAAUGAUUACGAAAUCAGACGUCUUGGUGAUAAUCAGUACAUGACAGUUCAUCUUGGUAGGCUGAAGGAACAUGAAGGUUCAAUAUUCCGAAUAGCUUGGUCCUCUGAUGGAUCAAAGUUUAUGUCUGUUUCUGAUGACCGUAGUGCUCGCCUGUGGAUGCUGAGUUUCAAGUCACAGAGUUUUGUCAAUCAGACAGCCAGUCAAGAUACUGUUGAAAUUAUACCAAACCUCACACUUUUUGGACAUAGUGCUAGGAUAUGGGAUUGCUAUGUUUCUGAUUCUAUAGUUAUAACUGCUGGUGAGGAUUGUACUUGUUGCAUUUGGGGAAUGGAUGGAAAGCUGGUCAAGAUGUUCAAAGAACACAUUGGCCGAGGAAUAUGGCGAUGUUUGUUUGACCCAAACUCACUGCUUCUGGUCACUGCUGGGUUUGAUUCAGCAAUCAAAGUGCACCAUCUAUGCAGCUCCACUUUUCAUGACAAAGUGGAAGACAAAGCGGUAUCUGAUGGUCUGAACUAUGAUUAUGAGAUCUUCGUAGUAUCUUCUCCUUCUGUUUCGGGGCAGUAUGGUCCCCUGGAUAGCAAAAGCGAGUAUGUUCGUUGUCUACACUUUGCAGAAGAAAAUGUUCUGUAUGUUGCCACAAAUAAUGGAUAUCUGCAUCAUGCUGAACUCUCUAACGUAGAGGAUGUAAGAUGGACUGAGAUUAUUCAGGUCACUGAGAAAGCACCAAUUAUCUGCAUGGAUGUCACGACAACAUACUCAAACCUUUCUUUGAAUAGGGAGGAUAUAAUUGCCCUUGGAGAUGGCCGGGGAAAUGUUACUAUCGUCCGUUUAACCAAUGGCAGCAUUGAACCAAAAGUGAACUUAUCUUUUACCUGGCCAGCAGAAAAAGAUAGGCAACUACUUGGAGUAUACUGGUGCAGGUCACUCGAAUGUAGUCACAUUUUCACAGCUGAUCCUAGGGGUGUGCUUAAGUUAUGGAACAUAAGAGAUGCCCUGUUCUCAAGUACGGAUGUUAUCAAUGCACCUCAGAAGUGUCCACUUGUAGCAGUGUUUGAAUCCUCCUUUGGAGCUCGAAUCAUGUGUUUAGAUGUAUCUCCUCGAGCGGAGAUCCUUAUAGCUGGUGAUAAAAAGGGUAACAUCACAGCCUUUCCUUUCCCAAAAAUAUUGGUACUGUAUGACAGUGGUGUGAUGCAACAGAAGAUGCCUCCAUGUGACCGUUUUAAAGGAGCUCAUGGCAUUUCUAGUGUCACAAGUGUUCAUAUAAAAGACUCCAGUUCCGAUCAAAUUGAAAUUCACACUACUGGGGGAGAUGGCUGCAUUUGCUUCUUCAAGUAUGGAAGAAAUGUGUGCAAGAUUGAAUUUUUUGGAAUGAGGCAAGUAAAAGAAUUGGGCACCAUUCAAUCCAUCUACACUAAUCUUGCACCUGAGAGCCAAUUGAGUACCUAUGCAAUAGGUUUCACUUCUGCAGAUUUUAUCAUUUGGGACCUUGAGAAUGAAACAAAGAUGGCUCAAGUAUCCUGUGGAGGUUGGCGGCGCCCUUAUUCUUAUUAUCUUGGGACAGUCCCUGAGUAUCAGAACUGCUUGGCCUUUGUAAAGGAUCAUGAUAUUCACAUUCACAGGCAUUGGGCGCCAACUCAAGAUAAGAAAUUACUCCCUCAAGUUCUCCAUUUGCAGUUUCAUGGUAGAGAAGUGCACUCAUUGUGCUUCAUAGAUCCAGCAAGUUAUUCACAUCUUGAGAAUAGCUCAGAUCUGUUGAUAGCAACAGGAUGUGAAGAUGGAACUGUGCGCCUUACAGGAUUCUUGACUAGUGGUUCUGGGAGAUGGCGUUCCUCAAAGUUGCUAGGGGAACAUGUUGGCGGUUCAGCAGUGCGAGCUACGUGCUUCACCCCGAAGACCUACACAAUAACAGAUAAAUCAUGUGACUACAGUUCAAACGGCAUUUCUGAUGACAUUACGGUUGAAAACAAAGAUGAGACUUUGUUACUCAUAUCUGUUGGAUCAAAGCAAGUCCUGACUACUUGGAUUUUGCAACCAAGGAUAGAAAAUGGACAAGUAUGUCUGAAUGGCUUAGAUGUUGACUCCAAGCAAAGCUCCAAAAACUUGGAAAGUGGUGAUUUGGCCAUGUCAUUUCAAUGGCUAACUACCCACAUGCCACCAAAGCUUACCAGGAACAGGUUGAAAGCUGGCCAUAUAAAACAGAGUGGUGAGGAAGGAAGUUCCUCUGCUGUGCAGCCAAAUCUGGGUGUUAUGGAUCACAUGGAAAAUGACUGGCGUUACCUUUCUGUUACAGCAUUUCUUUUGAAGCAUCCGGUUCUUAGGUUGACCGUAUGCUUUGUUGUUGUUGCUUGCUCAGACGCAACGGUUGUGCUCCGUGCUCUUCUGUUGCCUUCUCGAUUGUGGUUUGAUGUUGCCUUGUUGGUUCCACAGGCAUCACCAGUUCUGGUGCUGCGGCAUAUUAUCAUCAAUGCUAGCCACUAUAAAGAUGAUGAUGGAGAUAGAUACCUUAUUGUGAGUGGAUCUACAGAUGGUAGCAUUACUUUCUGGAACCUGACAGAGACAGUUCAUGGCUUCAUGCAACUAAUAUCAGAGACGCAUCCACACAUGAGUAUUGAUUGUCAAAGGCGUCCCAGGACAGGAAGAGGGAGCCAAGGCGGUCGUCGCCGAUGGAGAUCACUGGCAAACCAUUCUUCGAAAAAGAGAGAUGGAGAUAAAUCACCCCCUGAUGGGAGCAACCCGAGUACCCCAUAUGCUACUGAAAAUUCAUCUGAAACUUGUGGUGUGGAAAACACUCACAACACAGUGCAUGAAGGAAGUGAUGGCUCAAAUUCUGAGAUGCCUUCAAGUACCCAAUCAUGUGACGUACCUGAAUUGAUGCCAAUACUAUUAUUAUCUGGUGUCCAUCAGUCAGGCGUUAAUUGUCUCCACAUAUCAUACUCAGCAACUGACAAGUCAUACUGCAUCAUAAGUGGUGGGGAUGAUCAGGCUGUUCAGUGCUUCAGCUUCACAGUAGGAUCUCUAGAGGACUCCUCAACUACCACAGCUAGGCUAAACUUGCAUGACAAUGGUACACUUAAAAUUCUAUUCCAACAUAAGGUCCCAUCAGCUCAUAGUGCAGCAGUUAAAGGAAUCUGGACAGACGGUACCUGGGCUUUCUCUACUGGCCUUGAUCAAAGAGUAAGAUGCUGGAAGAUGGAAUCAUCUGCCAAAUUCACGGAAUACUCCCAUGCUAUCAUUAGCGUGCCUGAACCUGAAACUCUAGAUGUUUUCCAUGACCGGGCAAAGACGAAGUACCAGAUUGCUGUUGCUGGAAGGGGUAUGCAAAUGGUUGAGUUUUCACCACCUGAAGACGAUUGCCAAAGGUGAUGCAAUUCUAUGAAGUUGAAUGGUUGCGGGGUUCCUUGUGCUUGCAUGGUAUAUGGUAGUUCUCUUGUGAGAUGAAUUCUUGUUGGCAAGGCUUAAACGAACUGAGAAAUCAAUGAGGGGAUUUUUGCUGGUUCACACCGGCUCUUGUUUAGGCUGGCUUGUAUCCUAACAUGUGAUUCCAGCCCAAUUGGUUUCAAAUUUCAAUGCCGUUGAGAUUCAAACAUGUUCUUGUAUAUUUGUGCUUUAAGUUUUGGUAUGUGCUUGAUUCUGCUGAGGCAAA